CACACUCCUUUGCUCUUCUCUCCCUCUCUCCACCAGCCCCGCUAUUUUUAAAUAUGCCUUUUCGUCUCAAUCUUCUCUCUCCGCGCAAUACUCGCAAUCCAACAAACCCACGAGUCUCCAUCUCUGCUGCAAGAGAGGACGACUACGACAGCUCAGACAGCACAGAUUCAACAGAGACGGCACGCUCUUGCUUUCACUCCGCCCCCGAGGCGCGCGACCACAAUGUGUAUGUCGCGUCGUCCUCCACCUCUCUCCCGGCCGGCGCGUCCUACCGUGGGUCGUCCGAAUUUCUCCUCCACCCGACCCAUUCGCACGAACCCGGCAGACUGUCCGCCUCCUCAUCCACAGUCCCGACGCCAAUUCCUUCCCGUAGUGGGUCGCCGCUUCCUCAGUUCUACUCGUCCGCGCAAAGUUCGUCGUGCACUUCGGACGCGGAUAGCGAACCGACCAGCCCUUUGCUGCCUCGCAACCGACGAAACCGGUGGUGGAACGAUGACGGGCGGCGUUGGUGGGUGGCAUCCCGUGAAAGCCGGAGAAGACGGCGUCGAAGAGGAGGCUGGUGCAGUCCAAGAUCCAUCAAGAGAAUCAUAAGGGUGAUUCUUCGUCACCCGCUUUUCCCAACGCAGCCCACCUCGAUUCUCUUAACCUUACUAGUUCUCACCAUUUUCGGCAUUUUACUUACACUCUUCUUAAUUCACGUCUUGAAUCCCGACAAGGAGCCUUUGCCGUGGCGCGCUUACUGUUCGAUACCCUCCAGCUCUACGUCGCCCCCUUCGCUGAGUGCCACAGCGUAUUCUCCUGGAUUUCCGUUCAAUUCUCUCUCUCCCUCGGAUGUCUCGUCCCUUUCAUCAUUUAUUAGCAACACGUUCCCGCCACCUCACUUUGAUGAUUUUCCUCCGGCCGGUGUAUUUUUGGGAAUUUUCACGAUGGAUUCUGCUGUUGAACGGCGUAUGCUUGUGAGAAGCACGUGGGCGAGCCAUGAGCGCAGUCGAAAUGGCGCUGGCGCUGGCGACGGUGGUUUAGGGACCAGUCGAUCCAUUGUACGGUUCGUCGUAGGCAAGCCAAGAAGUAGCUGGGAAAGGCGAAUUCAGUUAGAGGCUGAAACAUAUAACGACAUGAUUGUGCUACCCAUUCCUGAAAACAUGAAUUCCGGAAAAACGCAUGCCUUCUUCACCUGGGCUUCGACUGAAGCAUGGGUCCCUCCUUUACCGGAUAACUAUAAUCGUACUCUCUCGCCCAAUUUUUCUUACACGAAUGUUACGGCGAACCACACGAUUCCUCUUGCCAAACAUGACCCUGUUCAUGUUCGUAGAGAAUUAGCCAUGACUGGCCAACAGAAACCAUGGGUACGGCCCGACUUCGUUGUGAAAGUGGACGACGACUCGUUUGUCAUGCUUGCUGAAUUGGAAGCCCGCUUGCGUGUUGAGCUGCACACGAAAACACGCAAUUCACUCAAUGGUGACACGCUGGUGUCGCGCCAUCCUGAUCCAGACACGGAACUUCCACAUAGUGAGAUGCCGGAGCCGGACGUGCACAAGUCCAGCUCCACGAGUGCACAUCUCAUCAACUCUACCGCUGUUGUGCACCAGGAGCCCCGGGCUCCGGUGCCUCACGUAUUUUCGACCCCGUCUCCGCAUGACGACCCACUUAUUUAUUGGGGUUACUUGGUCAAAAAUCAGUUUAUGGCAGGCGAAUUGUAUGCAUUGAGUUGGAGCCUAUCGGAAUGGGUGUCGCGGGAUCCGGUAGUGAAGGGUAUGACGAAGGGGAAGGAAGACAAACAGGUGGCCAAGUGGAUGAGAGUUCAUCCUCGGGCUUCCGAGGUGCGAUGGAAGAGUGAGAGAUGUUGGAUUUAUGACCAUCCCCGAGCGGGCACAGUGUACUCGCAUGGCUAUUUGUUCCCAUCAGAAGCAACAAGGAUACGCAAAAACAUUCUUUCAUACCUCGGUUCUGUGCCGACUCUCUUCGGCGAUCCAUCACCCUCCACACCAACGGCUGCAGCGCCUGUAGGCGGUGACGACUCCGCGUCUCCGACAUCGUGGGCUUACUCGAGCGUAUCAACCUUUGGCGUACGGUAUGAUCCACCACUAUCAAACCUCACCACUUUACAAGGCAUAGAAGCGCUUGUGGAGGGCUCAGAUAUGUCAAUGCUAAAGGAAGGUGGUGACUUUACUGCCAAAGACGCUUGGAUGGUACGCGAAGGGCGACGAAAACGUUACGAGGACAAGCGUGUUGGUGGGACCAUCGUGGUGCACUUCAUUAAAAAGAACCCAUGGUUUUUGGAGACUGCGCUUGCGCUUCUUGAGGGCGAGGAGAUGACUUCGAGGGAGCGAGUGCUCAGUCCGCCUGAAAGCAAGACAAUGGGUGCGAAUGCCGUCAAUUAUUUGGAUUCUACCUUGUCGGACAGAGUGGCAGUACAACUAAAUCGUGGUGGACGAUAGCGUCAGCAGGAGCUGCUCGGUCAGUUUUCUGCCAUUUUAUCUCUCGUAUUGCUUUGUGAGAGGAGUCUACUCGGAGGGAUUUGUGCUUGAAUCUCCGUUAACAACAACACCACUUUUUUUGCUAAGUGUACCAUAAUAUUAAUACCCUCAAAAUUCAAAAUUCCAAAAAGCAUGUACAACUGCCCACACACGCAUACCUUCCUUCAUCGCUGCGCUCCCUCGAUUAUUGUUCAUUCUUUUUUUCACCUCCUGCUUCAUGUGAGCGGCAGCAGCUACCAUUACACACAACUCCUUUCAUAUUGACCUGACCCCCCCUUUUUUUUAUUUCUAUGCACGUAUAGACUUGCAAAACCAUUCGUUUUCUCCUUCCCUACCUUCUGCGAAGUAAAAUAUUAUCUGGACUGUUAGUUAGUUAGCCAGCUUUUUUCUUUGU